AUAAUUAGUUCGCUUUUAGGGUUUAGUUUAUGUACUUUCCUCUUAAAUAAUUGUGUUAAAUAUUUCCUUGUCAUCGCACCAUAAAACACACAUUUGCGCCUUCUUGCAUUUUACCAAGAAUUCUUCCAGAAUCAAUGGCUGAUUCCUACUUUCCUCCCGAACUUUUGAGAGAAAUCCUAUUGAAGCUUCCUGCUAAAUCUUUAAUUCGAUUCACAGUUGUCUGCAAAUCAUGGCAUUCCCUCAUCACUAGCUUUCCUUUCAUCUCUACUCACCUCGCCCAAACCCCACAUACAAACACCCUUCUUGUGAGGCGUUACGUCAGUACUCACAAUAACGAGAACUAUUCCUUGUUUCAAGACUCUAAGAAUCGACCCUUUUCAUUGAAUUUCACAUCGGAACUGCAUUUCCCUUUCAAUUGCCAACUUGGGUAUUUCAGAAUUGUUGGAAGCUGCAAUGGCAUCGUAUGUUUGUCUGACGAUUUGUUUGGUGAGUUGCAGAGUCUUGUUCUGUGGAACCCUUCUAUUCAGAAGUAUAUAACAUUACCCUUGCCUUCGAUUAAGCCUCAGUUGCCUCAUAUGUCUGUUCUUGGAUUUGGUGCUGAUUUGCCUGAGACUGAUGACUAUAAGUUGGUUAGACUUGUGUAUAGUAAGAAUGAUGAUGUUGUGUAUAAUGGUCCUCCUGAGAUUGAAAUUUAUUCGAUUAAUAGUGGGGUUUGGAGGAGAGUGGUAGGGGUUGAGAUUAAGCAUUGUAUGGUAGAAUUUAUGUGGUCUCAGGCUUUUGUAAAUGGAUCUGUACAUUGGAUUGCGUAUGAUGUGGUUCCAAAUGGUGGUGGAAUUCGUAGUUUAGUUAUGUCUUUUAGUGUAGCUGAUGAGGUGUUUGGGGAGAUUAUGUUGCCGGAUGCUUUAGUUGGUGUAAUUGCAACGAAUUUAUCGAUUAUGUUGUUUGAGGAAUCACUUGCUGUUGUUAAGUAUGAGGGGGAGAUAGAUGGUGCUUCAUGUGAAGUAUGGGUGAUGAAGCAGUAUGGAGUUUUGGAAUCUUGGAGUAGAUUGUAUCGUAUAAAUUUUGUUGCAGGUAUGGAGAAAGUAGUUGGGUUUAGGAACAAUGGUGAAGUUUUGUUUUCAACUAGGGGCAAUAAUCUGGUUUCUUAUAAUCCAAAUAGUGGACGAAAUAGGGGUCUUGGUAUUCAAGGGAGCUCUCGGUCAUUUUAUGUUCAGAAUUACAGGGAAUCGCUUAUUUUGCUCAAAGGGAACAGUGUCAUUUCGGGGAGGAUCUUGGAAAGAAUGGGAGGUUUAUGGAUUUAAUGAGUAGCUGGACUACAGAAUUUCUUGAUGCAAUAAAGAAGAAUGUGAUCAGAAGGUAAGGCAUUUUACCAAAGUUCAUGGCUGUUUCAAGGUAGUGGAAGUGAAGAUGUUCUAUCAAAUUUGGUAUACGUAGUUUAGAGCUAUCUGAUGACUUUAAUGUACUGAAUGUUGAACUUUGCGAUACAUUAGUUGUUAGUAUACUCUUGUUGCUUUUUGAUGUCUUUCCAGUUUAUUGUGAAGCCUUAUCCUAAUCAAGCAAUGGACCUUGUCUUUA